AUGAGCGCGGAAACGAGCGCUGAGCAGACGGAGACGGAGAUGUGGAAGGAUGAGCCAAUGUCCAUGUUGCUGAAGAUUCAGGAUCAAUUGACUUCGCUUCGAAGUUUAGUGGAACUUCAAGAGCAGAUGCGAGAGGUGCAGGGCGGCCUCCAGAGUCUGCGUAGUGCGGUGGCCGCUCAGGGCAAUCAAUUGCAGCAGGUUCAGGCCUUGAUGAAAGCCUCCCAUGUGACCUCGGUGGAUGCCUUGGCAGCACCUGACAGCGAGCCGCCCAUGCUGCCGGGGGAGAUCGUCAUGGAGAUGUCGCCCAAGAGACCCGGUGGAGUGAAGUCUCGCCACGUCCGAAGCCUCGCGCUGUUGCACCACAAGAAGUCGGCGACGAUCCAAUCUCGAAGCCCCGGGCUUGGAGGUGACGUGAAGGGUGAACGGAAGGAACGCUCCUCUUUGGGGGGCAUCGCGGCGCUGAACAAGCCGCGCAUUAUGAGCAUGGAUCAGAUUGAAGCGCACACCGCGCACGUGCUUUUGGCGCCCAAGGCGCUCACCCUUUCGCGCUCCGCGCAGAGUAGCAAGAGCAGGCACGAGGAUGAGGAGCUGGAGGACUUCGGCGAGGAACCGAACGAUCAGCCGGUGCGAACCUUCACCUCGCGCCAGUUGACCACCAACCCCAAUAUCGUACUGCAAAGCUGCCGACGGAUGUCCUUGGACGACUUGCGCACAAACCAUGACGCCAUCCUGGCGGCCACCACAGCUCAGCAUACCAUCACGCGGCAGAGUGGCUUCUUGGUGGCGACCGACAGCCGGCGAAGUGUUUUGCCACGCGUGGCCAACUUUUGGUUAACCGUGCUGGGCAUUUGGGACCUGGAACAGGUGAGAUCUGGUUGCGUGCUCUUCGCGAUCUCCUUCAUCCUAUUGGCCUUGAGUGCCCUGGUGUUGUACUUGAGUUCUGCCGGGCUUUGCGACCCGUACAUCUCAGCAACCACUCUGUGCUAUUUGGUGGGCGUCUUAGCAGCCGCCUGGCGCUUGCGCUGGUCCCAGAUCCAUGGGAUGCUCUCGCGCGAGGACGGCGGCCUCGAGGACUAUGCUAGGAGCAGCGGCUUCCUGGACGACUGGAGGUCAACCUCAAAGCGCCGCUUCAAGGAAGUGCUGGGUUUUCUAUUCGUGAUGCUUUGCUGCCGCUGGCUGGCCUAUGCCAGUGACAGCUUCGUGGACACCGGACAUCCUGAGAGUCCUGUGACCUGCGGAUGCUUCUCAGUAGUGGCCUUAUUCUUCACCGCCAUUGUCUACAUCCACUUGCACAUCGUCGCCGGGAUGGAGUUGGCCAUCGACAGCUUUUCCAUCAACUUCUACAAGGAGAUGGAUAUGGAACUGGCACUUGGGGAGUGGAACACUGAAUGGUCCUCCUGGUUUCGUCGCGAUGCUGCUCUUUCUGUACGCGAUGAUGCGUGCUGCUGGAGUGACUGA